AUGGUUGCUAGUUGUAAAGAUCAACUGAAACAGGUGGCGAUUUGCCUGCAGAGAUCACCUUGCGUGAUGAUCGAGAGGAACCAGCCCAAGAAGUGUUUGACAGAUCCAGCGCUGGCCAAGGACCUUCCAGACUUGUGCAAGGCCCAGUUGUCAACAUUUCUGGAGUGCAAAAGAGGUAUAGUUGAUAUGAGAAAGAGGAUAAGAGGAAACGGCACCCUGAGCACGGGAAAGUAUGACGAGCAGUACGAGAAGCUGUCUACUGGUGAUUUUGAUCCUCUGGAGGAGAUGCACAAAUUGGACAAGUUGAACUCAAAUCAAAAGCAAUAA